AUGUCCUGGAGAAGUUUUACAGAUGCCGCCCACGGGUUGAGACGGCUUUUGUGUUUAUUUCCUGCUGUCCUGAAUCUCGCUUCUAAUGCUCUCAUCACAACCAAUGCAACAUGUGGAGAAAGAGGACCUGAAAUGUAUUGCAAGUUGGUAGAGCAUGUCCCUGGGCAGCCUGUGAGGAACCCUCAAUGUCGAAUCUGCAAUCAAAAUAGCAGCAAUCCAUACCAGAGACACCCGAUAACAAAUGCUAUUGAUGGAAAGAACACUUGGUGGCAGAGUCCCAGCAUUAAGAACGGAAUCGAAUACCAUUAUGUGACAAUUACUUUGGAUUUACAGCAGGUCUUCCAGAUUGCCUAUGUGAUCGUGAAAGCAGCGAACUCUCCUCGACCUGGAAACUGGAUUCUGGAACGCUCUCUUGAUGACAUCGAAUACAAGCCCUGGCAGUAUCACGCUGUCACGGACACCGAGUGCCUCACCCUGUACAAUAUUUACCCGCGCACAGGGCCACCAUCGUAUGCCAAAGACGAUGAAGUCAUCUGCACUUCAUUCUACUCCAAGAUACACCCCUUAGAAAAUGGAGAGAUUCAUAUCUCUUUGAUCAAUGGGAGACCAAGCGCUGAUGACCCAUCUCCUGAACUUCUGGAAUUCACCUCCGCUCGCUACAUUCGCCUGAGAUUUCAGAGGAUCCGCACUUUGAAUGCCGACUUGAUGAUGUUUGCCCACAAAGAUCCCAGAGAGAUUGACCCCAUUGUUACAAGAAGAUAUUACUACUCAGUCAAGGAUAUUUCAGUUGGAGGGAUGUGCAUCUGCUAUGGUCAUGCCAGGGCUUGUCCACUUGAUCCAGUGACAAAUAAAUCUCGUUGCGAGUGCGAGCACAACACGUGUGGUGAUAGCUGUGAUCAGUGCUGUCCGGGAUUCCACCAGAAACCUUGGAGAGCCGGGACUUUUCUGACUCGAACUGAAUGUGAAGCAUGUAAUUGUCAUGGGAAAGCUGAGGAAUGCUAUUAUGAUGAAAAUGUUGCCAGAAGAAAUCUGAGUUUAAAUAUACAUGGAAAAUACAUUGGAGGAGGCGUGUGCAUUAAUUGUACCCAGAAUACUGCUGGUAUAAACUGUGAGAUGUGCACUGAUGGCUUCUUCAGACCCAAAGGGGUGUCUCCAAAUUAUCCACGACCAUGUCAGCCCUGCCGUUGUGAUCCAGUUGGUUCCUUAAAUGAAGUCUGUGUCAAGGAUGAGAAACAUGCUCGGCGAGGUUUGGCACCUGGAUCCUGUCAUUGCAAAACUGGCUUUGGAGGUGUGAGCUGUGAUCGGUGUGCCAGGGGCUACACUGGCUACCCAGAUUGCCAACCCUGUAACUGCAGUGGCUCAGGGAGCACAAAUGAAGACCCUUGUUUUGGGCCCUGUAAUUGCAAGGAGAAUGUUGAAGGGGGAGACUGCAGCCGUUGCAAAUCUGGCUUCUUCAAUUUGCAAGAGGAAAAUUGGAAAGGAUGCGAUGAAUGUUUCUGUUCAGGAGUUUCAAACAGAUGUCAGAGUUCCUACUGGACCUAUGGCAAUAUUCAAGACAUGCGUGGCUGGUAUCUGACGGACAUCUCCGGCCGCUUUCGAGUGGCUCCUCAGGAGGACGGCUUAGAUCCACCCCAGCAGAUCAGCAUUAGCAACUCUGAGACCCGGAGAACCCUGCCUAGCAACUACUACUGGAGCGCACCUGCUCCGUACCUGGGAAACAAACUCUCAGCAGUUGGAGGACAACUGACAUUUUCCAUAUCAUAUGACGUUGAAGAAGAGGAAGAAGAUACAGAACGCUUUCUCCAGUUUAUGAUUAUCUUAGAGGGAAAUGACUUGAGAAUCAGCACAGCCCAAGAAGAGGUGUAUCUUCAACCAUCUGAAGAACAUAUUAAUGUAUUGUCACUUAAAGAAGAAUCAUUUACCAUUCAUGGCACAAAUUUUCCAGUCAGUAGAAAAGAAUUUAUGACAGUGUUUGCGAAUUUAAAGAGACUCCUCAUAGAAAUCACAUACAGCUUUGGGAUGGAUGCCAUCUUCAGGUUGGGCUCUGUCAGCCUUGAAUCUGCUGUCCCAUAUUCCACUGAUGGAAGUACUGCAACAGCUGUAGAAGUUUGUCAGUGCCCUCCAGGGUAUGCUGGCUCCUCUUGUGAAUCCUGCUGGCCUAGGCAUAGACGAGUUAAUGGCACUAUUUUCGGUGGCAUCUGUGAGCCAUGUCAGUGCUUUGGUCAUGCGGAAUCCUGUGAUGACGUCACUGGAGAAUGCCUGAACUGUAAAGAUCACACAGGUGGUCCUUACUGCAAUGAAUGUCUUCCUGGAUUCUAUGGCGAUCCUACCAAAGGAACAGCUGAAGACUGUCAGCCCUGUGCCUGCCCGCUCAACAUCCCAUCCAAUAGCUUUAGCCCGACGUGCCAUUUAGACCGGAGUCUUGGAUUGAUCUGUGAUGAAUGCCCUGUCGGGUACACAGGACCGCGCUGCGAGAGGUGUGCAGAAGGCUAUUUUGGACAACCUUCUGUACCUGGAGGAUCAUGUCAGCCAUGCCAAUGCAAUGACAACCUUGACUUCUCCAUCCCUGGCAGCUGUGACAGCUUGUCUGGCUCCUGUCUGAUAUGUAAGCCAGGUACAACAGGCCGGUACUGUGAGCUCUGUGCUGAUGGAUAUUUUGGAGACGCAGUUGAUGCAAAGAACUGUCAGCCCUGUCACUGUAAUGUCAACGGCUCCUUCUCUGAGGUUUGUCACACUCAAACUGGACAGUGUGACUGCAGACCCAACGUCCAGGGACGGCGAUGUGAUGAAUGUAAGCCCAGUCUGUGGUGGAACCAAGAGAAGCAAUUCUGUGCACUGUGUGACUGCAAUCCUGUUGGCUCGGUGUCACCGCAAUGUGACAUUACAGGACAGUGUGUCUGUAAAUCGGGCUUCAUAGGGAAACAGUGCAACCUCAGCAGGCAGGUGCACCGACAGGAGGAUCAGCCACCGAGAGCACAGCGGGUGCUGGGGUCUCCCCAGAGGUGGGAUCUCAGCAGCUCCAGUGGGUGCCCUCGGGGAGCCUAUCGGCCCCCAGCUCCGCCUGAAACUUUUGGACUACAAUCUGCAAGAGGCUGUAUUCCCUGCAACUGCAAUUCUUUUGGGUCUAAGUCGUUCGACUGUGAAGAGACUGGACAAUGUUGGUGCCAACCUGGUGUCACAGGCAAAAAAUGUGACCACUGUGCCCAUGGCUAUUUCAACUUCCAAGAAGGAGGCUGCACAGCUUGUGACUGUUCCCAUCUUGGUAAUAACUGUGAUUCAAAGACUGGUCGGUGCAUUUGCCCUCCCAAUACCAUUGGAGAGAAAUGUUCUAAAUGUGCCCCCAAUACCUGGGGCCACAGCAUUAUCACUGGUUGUAAGGCUUGUAACUGUAGCACGGUAGGAUCCUUGGAUUUCCAGUGCAAUGUAAAUACGGGCCAAUGCAACUGCCAUCCAAAAUUCUCUGGUGCAAGAUGUACAGAGUGCAAUCGAGGUCACUGGAACUACCCUCACUGCAGUCCUUGUGCUUGCUUUCUGCCGGGGACAGAUGCUAUGACUUGUGAUUUGGAGACUAAAAAAUGUUCCUGUGGCGAUCAAACUGGGCAGUGCACUUGUAAGGUGAAUGUGGAAGGCAUCCAUUGUGACAGGUGCCGGCCCGGCAAAUUUGGACUUGAUGCCAGGAACCCAGUUGGCUGCAGCAGCUGCUAUUGCUUCGGUGCUACUACUCAGUGCUCUGAAGCAAAAGGACUGAUCCGUACGUGGGUGACUCUGAAGGAGGAACAGACCAUUCUGCCCCUGGUGGAUGAAGCUCUUCAGCACACGACUACCAAAGGCAUUGUUUUUCAACAUCCAGAGAUUAUUGCAGACAUGAAUCUGGUGAGACAGGAUCUCCAUUUAGAACCUUUUUAUUGGAAACUCCCAGAACAAUUUGAAGGAAGGAAGUUGAUGGCCUACGGGGGCAAACUCAAGUACACGAUUUAUUUUGAGGCUCGGGAAGAGACAGGUUUCUCGACAUAUAAUCCUCAGGUUAUCAUCCGAGGUGGGACUCCUAUUCAUGCAAGAAUUAUCGUGAGGCAUAUGGCUGCUCCUUUAAUUGGGCAACUGACAAGGCAUGAAAUCGAAAUGACAGAGAAAGAAUGGAAAUAUUAUGGUGAUGAUCCUCGAAUCAGCAGAACUGUGACCCGUGAAGACUUCUUGGAUAUACUAUAUGAUAUUCAUUAUAUUCUUAUCAAGGCUACUUAUGGAAAUUUCAUGCGACAAAGCAGAAUUUCGGAAAUCUCAAUGGAGGAAGCUGAACAAGGGCACGCAACAACACUGACUCCUCCAGCGCACUUGAUAGAAAAAUGUGACUGUCCCCCAGGCUAUUCCGGCUUAUCCUGUGAGACAUGCUCCCCAGGAUUUUAUCGUCUGCGUUCUGAACCAGGUGGCCGCACCCCUGGACCAACCCUGGGCACCUGUGUUCCAUGUCAGUGCAACGGACACAGCAACCUGUGUGACCCAGAAACCUCCAUUUGCCAGAACUGUCAACAUCACACUGCUGGUGACUUCUGUGAACGAUGUGCUCUUGGAUACUACGGAAUUGUCAAGGGAUUGCCAAAUGACUGUCAGAAAUGUGCUUGCCCUCUGAUUUCUCCCAGCAACAAUUUCAGCCCUUCAUGUGUCAUGGAAGGCCUCAAUGAUUACCGCUGCACAGCGUGUCCACGAGGAUAUGAAGGCCAGUACUGCGAAAGGUGUGCCCCUGGCUAUACUGGCAGUCCAAGCAGCCCCGGAGGCUCCUGCCAAGAAUGUGAGUGUGACCCCUAUGGCUCACUGCCUGUCCCCUGUGACCCUGUCACAGGAAUCUGCACGUGUCGCCCUGGAGCCAUAGGAAGGAAGUGUGACCGCUGCAAGCACUGGCAUGCACGCGAGGGCAUGGAGUGUGUUUUCUGUGGAGAUGAAUGCACAGGCCUCCUUCUCGGUGACUUGUCCCGCUUAGAGCAGGUGGCCAUGAGCAUCAACCUCACUGGCCCGCUGCCGGCUCCAUAUAAAAUGCUGUAUGGACUUGAAAAUAGGACUCAGGAACUAAAGCACUUGCUUUCACCUCAGCGGGCUCCGGAGAGACUCAUUCAGUUGGCAGAGGGCAAUCUGAAUACACUCGUGACGGAAAUGAAUGAACUUCUAACUAGGGCUACCAAAGUGACAGCAGAUGGCGAGCAAACCGGACAGGAUGCUGAGAGGACCAACACAAGAGCAAAGUCCUUGGGAGAAUUCAUUAAGGAGCUCGCCCGGGAUGCAGAAGCUGUAAAUGAGAAAGCGGUAAAAUUAAAUGAAACUCUGGGAACGCAAGACAAGACCCUUGAGGAAAAUUUGCAAGAGUUUCAGAAAGAGAUUGAUCAGAUGAUGAAAGAACUGAGGAGGAAAAAUCUAGAUAUGCAAAAGGAAGUUGCUGAAGAUGAGUUGGUAGCUGCCGAAGGUCUUCUGAUGAAAGUGAAGAAACUAUUUGGAGAACCCAGGGAGAAAAAUGAAGAAAGGGAGAAGGAUCUCCAGGAGAAACUGAAUGACUAUAAGGACAAACUUGAUGAUGCUUGGGACCUCUUGAGAGAAGCCACAGAUAAAAUUCGAGAAGCUAAUCGUUUAUCUGCACAAAAUGAGAAAAAUAUGACUGCUUUGGAGGAAAAGAAGGAGGCUGUUGAAAGUGGCAAACGACAAAUUGAGAACACUUUAAAAGAAGGCAACGACAUACUCAAUGAAGCCAACCGUCUGGCAGAUGAAAUCGACUCAGUCAUAAAUUAUGUUGAAGACAUUGAAACUAAAUUGCCUAUGAUGUCUGAGGAGCUUAAAGAUAAAAUAGAUGACCUCUCUCAAGAAAUAAAGGACAGGAAGCUGGCCGAGAUGGUGUCCCAGGCUGAGAGCCACGCCGCUCAGCUGAAUGACUCAUCUGCUGUCCUUGAUGGAAUCCUUGAUGAGGCUAAAAAUAUAUCCUUCAAUGCGACUGCAGCCUUCAACGCUUACAGCAAUAUUAAGGACUAUAUUGAUGAGGCUGAGAAAGUUGCCAGAGAAGCCAAAGGUCUUGCACAGGAAGCUACAAGACUGGCAACUGGUCCUGAGGGCUUAUUAAAGGAAAAUGCCAAAGGAUCUCUUCAGAAAAGCUUUGGGGUGCUUAAUGAAGCCAAGAAGUUAGCAAAUGAUGUAAAAGAAAAUGAUGAACAUCUAAAUGGCCUAACCACCAGGUUGGAAAAUGCUGAUGCUAGAAAUGGAGAUCUGCAGAGAGCGUUGAAUGACACUCUGGGAAAGUUAUCUGCCAUUCCCAAUGACACAGCCGCUAAACUGCAAGCCGUUAAGGACAAAGCCAGACAAGCCAAUGACACAGCUAAAGAUGUCCUGGCACAGAUUAAAGAUCUCCACCAAAACCUUGAUGGCCUGAAGAAAAAUUACAACAAACUAGCUGACAGCAUAGCCCAAACGAAUGCUGUGGUAAAAGAUCCUUCGAAGAACAAAAUCAUUACAGAUGCAGAUGCCACUGUGAAAAAUCUAGAACAAGAAGCUGAUCGACUAACAGAUAAACUCAAACCUAUCAAGGAACUUGAGGAUAACCUGAAGAAAAACAUCUCUGAGAUAAAGGAACUAAUAAACCAAGCCCGAAAACAAGCCAAUUCUAUCAAAGUAUCUGUGUCUUCAGGAGGUGACUGCAUCCGAACAUACAAGCCAGAAAUCAAGAAAGGGAGCUACAAUAAUAUCGUUGUCAACGUCAAGACCGCUGUUGCUGACAACCUCCUUUUUUAUCUUGGAAGUGCCAAAUUUAUUGACUUUCUGGCUAUAGAAAUGCGUAAAGGCAAAGUAAGCUUCCUCUGGGAUGUUGGAUCUGGAGUUGGGCGUGUAGAGUAUCCAGAUUUGACUAUUGAUGACUCACACUGGUACCGUAUUGAAGCAUCAAGAACGGGAAGGAACGGGACUAUUUCUGUGAGAGCCCUUGAUGGACCCAAAGCUAGCAUGGUGCCCAGUACCUACCAUUCAGCAUCUCCUCCAGGCUACACUAUUCUCGAUGUAGACGCAAAUGCCAUGCUGUUUGUUGGAGGUUUGACUGGGAAAAUAAAGAAGGCUGAUGCUGUACGUGUGAUUACGUUCACUGGCUGUAUGGGAGAAACGUACUUUGACAGCAAACCUAUAGGUCUGUGGAAUUUCCGAGAAAAAGAAGGUGACUGCAAAGGAUGCACCAUCAGUCCUCAGGUGGAAGACAGUGAGGGGACUAUUCAGUUUGAUGGAGAAGGUUAUGCAUUGGUCAGCCGCCCCAUUCGUUGGUUCCCCAACAUCUCCACUGUCAUGUUCAAGUUCAGAACAUUUUCUUCAAGUGCCCUCCUGAUGUAUCUUGCCACCCGAGACCUGAGAGAUUUCAUGAGUGUUGAGCUCACCGACGGGCACAUUAAAGUCAGCUAUGAUCUAGGUUCAGGAGUAGCUUCCAUUGUCAGCAAUCAAAACCAUAACGAUGGGAAAUGGAAAUCAUUCACCCUGUCAAGAAUUCAAAAACAAGCCAACAUAUCAAUUGUAGACAUAGAUACUAACCAGGAGGAAAACAUAGCCACUUCAUCUCCAGGAAACAACUUUGGUCUUGACUUGAAAGCUGAUGACAAAAUAUAUUUUGGUGGCCUGCCAACCCUGAGAAACUUGAGUAUGAAAGCAAGGCCAGAAGUAAAUUUGAAGAAAUAUUCCGGCUGCCUCAAAGAUAUUGAAAUUUCAAGAACUCCAUACAAUAUACUCAGUAGCCCUGAUUAUGUUGGUGUUACCAAAGGAUGCUCUCUGGAGAAUGUUUACACAGUUAGCUUUCCCAAGCCUGGUUUUGUGGAACUGUCUCCUGUGGCAUUUGGUGUAGGGACAGAAAUCAAUCUGUCCUUCAGCACCAAGAAUGAAUCGGGGAUCAUUCUCUUGGGAAGUGGAGGGACACCCAUACCACCUAGAAGAAAACGAAGGCAGACUGGACAGGCCUAUUACGCCAUAUUCCUCAACAAGGGCCGUCUGGAAGUGCAUCUCUCCACAGGGGCACGAACAAUGAGAAAAAUUGUUGUCAGACCAGAGCCCGGUCUGUUUCAUGAUGGGAGAGAACAUUCUGUUCAUGUAGAGAGAACAAAAAGCAUCUUUACUGUUCAAGUUGAUGAAGACAGAAGGCAUAUGCAAAACCUGACAGCAGAACAGGCUAUCGAAGUUAAAAAGCUUUUCGUUGGGGGUGCACCACCUGAAUUUCAACCUUCCCCACUCAGAAAUAUUCCUCCUUUUGAAGGCUGUAUAUGGAAUCUUGUUAUUAACUCUGUCCCCAUGGACUUUGCACGGCCUGUAUCCUUCAAAAAUGCAGAUAUUGGGCGCUGUGCUCUUCAGAAACCUCGUGAAGAGGAAGAUGGAGCAGUUCCCCCUGCAACAGUCACUCAGCCUGUGCCAGUUCCCAUCUCAACCUUGCCUGCACCCACCCCAGUUCUGGUGCAUGGUCCUUGUGCUGCAGAAUCGGAACCGGCUCUUUUGGCAAGGAGUAAGCAGUUUGGGCUUUCAAAAAACAGUCACGUUGCAAUUGCAUUUGAUGACACCAAAGUUAAAAACCGCCUCACAAUUGAGUUGGAAGUGCGAACCGAAGCCGAAUCGGGCUUGCUUUUUUACAUGGCUCGGAUCAAUCAUGCUGAUUUUGCUACAGUUCAGCUGAGAAAUGGAUUGCCCUACUUCAGCUAUGACUUGGGGAGUGGUGACACCAACACCAUGAUCCCCACCAAAAUCAAUGAUGGCCGGUGGCAUAAGAUUAAGAUUAUGCGAAAUGUGACCUACAGCAUUGAUGGCUGCAUCAGGAAUCUUCACAUGGCAGAGGCCCCUGUUGAUUUGGAACAGCCAACCUCCAGCUACCAUGUUGGGACAUGUUUUGCGAAUGCCCAGAGGGGAACAUAUUUUGAUGGAAAAGGUUUUGCCAAAGCAGUCGAUGGAUUCAAAGUGGGAUUGGAUCUUCUUGUAGAAUUUGAAUUCCGCACAACUAGACCCACUGGGGUUCUUCUGGGAAUCAGCAGUCAAAAAAUGGAUGGCAUGGGUAUUGAAAUGAUCGAUGAAAAGCUUAUGUUUCAUGUGGACAAUGGCGCCGGCCGGUUCACUGCAGUCUAUGACGCUGGGAUCCCAGGGCGUUUGUGUGAUGGACAAUGGCAUAAAGUCACUGCCAACAAGAUCAAACACCGUCUUGAGCUCACGGUAGAUGGGAACCAGGUGGAAAGCCAAAGUCCAAACCCAGCAUCUACAUCAGCUGAUACCAAUGACCCGGUCUUUGUGGGAGGUUUCCCAGAUGGCCUCAACCAAUUUGGCCUGACCACCAGCAUUCGGUUCCGAGGCUGCAUCCGUUCCCUAAAGCUCACCAAAGGCACGGGCAAGCCACUCGAGAUUAACUUUGCCAAGGCCCUGGAACUGAGGGGCGUUCAACCUGUGUCAUGCCCAGUCAACUAAUAAAAUAAGUUUAACCCCAAGAAGGGUCUGCCAAAGCAAGUAUAUCAAGAAAGGCAAAAAUAUUUUACCUACAUAUGAUAAUAAAACUAAUUUGUGCACGCAUGUAGAAUUGUUUCUGUAUUCAGAUGGUGCUAAUUCAGACCCCAGACUGAAUUUAUUACAAGUGUUUUUCUCAAAUCUAUGAAUAUUAAAUCAAUUAUUUCAUUCUAAA